AUGUUUGUAUGGUUGUUUGAACAGGCCGAGGACAAAAGACCACCUCUGAAUUCAGUAAGUCAUGUGGGCUUUAUUACAUUAAAGCAAGAAUCUCUGUGUUCCCAGGCCAAAGACAGAAUCCAGUACUACCAAACAUGUGAAGACUUCAUCUUCCCCUAUGACUUGGGCAGCAGAUGGAAGAACUUCAAGCAGGUGUUCACCUGGUCCGGCACCCCCUUAGGAGAUGGAAUCGAAUGGCCUGUGCAUGAGAAGUGUAACCAGUAUACUCUAACCAUUGAGCAGCUGAAGCAAAAACAUGAUAAACGUCAGAGGAGUGUGGAGUACAGAGUGGUGGAGGACUACAAUGGUGCUUGUUGCCCUUUGGGAAAGGGACUGAACACUUUCUUUAGGACACCUUGUACAGAGGAACCCAGGAUCAAACUCACAAAGGGGGAGACCAUCUUUGCUACAAGAGGAACAAAAUGGUGGAUGUAUGGAGAUAAAGUUUUGAAUGAGGAACAGGCAAAAGCUGGAGUUCAAAUUAGAGGAUGGUUUCCACGCAGAUGUGUUGAGAAGUGUCACUAUGACUCGGCGAAUAAUUCAACAAAUGAAGAAAAGAAAGAACAAUGAUGCAGAACUAUAUAUUUCACAGCUCGCUUUGAACAGAGGACCUAAUAUUAGGGCCUGAACCCUGCUGAGAUGCAAAUUUCUUUCUGAUUCUUUUGUAAAGCUGUUCAAUGGCACCAGCGCUAAGUGUUGAGGCAAAUUGAUACUGACAGACACCCCAAAGUUAUUCACUUGCGUAACUUAAUGACAUUUCAUUUCCAAAGAACAGCUGCCAGAGAAACUGGCAAAUGAGAAAGAAAUAGGGGUUUUAUUAAAAUGGGAUUGGGGCAUAUGGCAGUAUAUUCUCUAAAGGGGGUUAUUAAGAUGUUUACUUGAAACGUAUUUCUUCUUCUUGCCUUUCUUUCUCUUUCUCUUGCUCUCUCUCGUUCGUCGAUGCCCACACUGAUUAUGCAAAGCUUUUUUUCCAAUUGUAACAAGGUCUUUGUCAUGCAAAUUGUCUGAAUUGUUUAUAUAAUGGAAACAACAAUUUUAUUUUAUUUUUGAUGGCUUGCUUUUUUGUAAAACUGAUGUCAACCUCGCUGAAGUUUUCAGAGACAAAUAAACAACCGUGAUCGGUAUAGUAAUUUCGUAAAUUUAUUUUCUUCGUUUUUUUAAUGGAAAGCAACCACAAAAUUAGUUUCUACUCCACAAAGCACCUGUAUGUAAAUACAAUUGUUUAAUUGAUGUAUUGACUUUGACAUGUUAAUGUUUUCACAUUUUCUUCCUUGGAAAAAAAAUAAAUGAACAUUCUUUGG